CCCCGACCCCUACCCCCACCUCCAGCCCCACACCAACACCACUCUCUCAAUCUCCAUAUAUUUCAUCAAGAAAAAUCGAACCCAGAAAAAUCUAUAAAUAGAACACACAAAGUUCGUUAAUCAAGGCCAAAAAAUGAAGCAUCACCAUCAUCAGACAUCAUCCGAGGCCGUCUCUUCUUCUUCAUCAGCAGAAGCAGCAGUUUCAUCAUCAUUAUCGUCGUCAUCACAGCAGCCGCCGCCGCCUUCUCCGACCGUACAACUAAUGAAUGCAACAUCUCCGGCGACUGAGGACCAUCCUGCAUCAUCGUCUUCUCGUGAUUGUUCCUCUUCCUCAUCGUCCUCAUCGUCCUUGGAGUCCGUGACAAUCGAGAGGCGGGGCGAAUUCGCCGCCGUGUGUAAAUGGAAAAUCUUCAAUUUUCCUAGGGUUAAAACUAGGGCUUUGUGGAGUAAGUAUUUCGAAGUCGGCGGUUACGAUUGCCGUUUGUUAGUGUACCCUAAGGGUGACUCGCAGGCAUUGCCUGGUUAUAUUUCGAUUUAUUUACAAAUCAUGGACCCUAGAGGGACUUCCUCGUCUAAGUGGGACUGUUUCGCUAGUUAUCGAUUAACUGUGGUAAACCCUACCGAUGAUUCAAAAUCGAUUCAUCGUGAUUCUUGGCACAGGUUCUCAACAAAGAAGAAAUCUCAUGGGUGGUGUGAUUUUACACCCUCGGCUUCUAUACUUGACGUGAAAUCGGGUUUUAUGUUUAAUGAUGAUCAUUGUGUUCUUAUUACUGCCGAUAUUCUCAUAUUGAAUGAAGCCAUUAGUUUUGUGCGUGAUAAUAAUGAACUUCAAUCAAAUUCUGUGUCGAAUUCUGUUGUAAUGACCGGACCGGUUGGGGAUGUUUUGAGUGGGAAGUUCACUUGGAAGGUUCAUAAUUUUACCUUGUUUAAAGAAAUGAUCAAGACACAGAAGAUAAUGAGUCCUGUUUUCCCUGCUGGAGAGUGUAAUUUGCGCAUUAGUAUAUACCAGAGUUCUGUUAAUGGGGUGGAUUAUCUGUCCAUGUGUUUGGAAAGCAAAGAUACUGAGAAGGCUUCAAUCUCGGAUAGGAGUUGUUGGUGUUUGUUUCGGAUGUCUGUCCUGAAUCAAAGGCCUGGGAUGAAUCACAUGCAUAGGGAUUCAUAUGGACGAUUUGCUGCUGAUAAUAAGAGUGGGGAUAACACUAGUUUAGGAUGGAAUGAUUAUAUGAAAAUGACAGACUUUGCUGGGGCAGAAUCUGGGUUUUUGGUGGAUGAUACGGCUGUCUUUAGCACAUCCUUCCAUGUCAUUAAAGAGCAUAGUAGCUUCUCGAAGAAUGGGGGAUUAAUUGGAGGUAGAAUUGUGAGUGGUGCUAGAAAGUCUGAUGGCCAUAUGGGGAAAUUCACAUGGAGGAUUGAAAAUUUCACGAGGUUGAAGGAUCUUCUUAAAAAGAGGAAGAUUACAGGUCUUUGUAUCAAGAGCAGGAGGUUUCAAAUUGGAAAUCGUGAUUGCAGGCUUAUAGUAUACCCCCGAGGGCAGUCUCAGCCACCAUGCCAUCUUUCAGUUUUCCUUGAAGUUACGGAUUCACGAAAUACUACAAGUGACUGGAGUUGUUUUGUGAGCCAUCGUCUGUCAGUUGUCAAUCAAAAGAUGGAGGACAAGUCUGUUACAAAGGAAUCUCAGAAUCGUUACUCCAAAUCUGCAAAAGACUGGGGCUGGCGUGAAUUUGUGACCCUGACCAGUCUAUUUGAUCAAGACUCUGGAUUCCUUGUUCAUGAUGUUGUUGUAUUUUCUGCAGAAGUUUUAAUUUUGAAGGAGACAUCCAUAAUGCAGGAAUUUACUGAUCAAGAAAGUGAAUCUGGUAAUGCUGGUCUCCAUACAGAUAAAGGGGGCAAAAUGAGUUCUUUUACAUGGAAGGUGGAGAAUUUCUUGUCUUUUAAAGACAUAAUGGAAACCCGUAAAAUAUUUAGCAGAUUCUUUCAAGCUGGUGGAUGUGAGCUUCGGCUGGGUGUUUACGAGUCCUUUGACACAAUAUGCAUAUACCUGGAGAGCGAUCAGUCAGUUGGCACUGACCCUGAUAAGAACUUUUGGGUCAAAUACAGGAUGGCCGUACUGAACCAAAAAAACCCUUCCAAGACUGUGUGGAAGGAGUCAUCUAUUUGUACAAAGACCUGGAAUAAUUCUGUGCUUCAGUUCAUGAAGGUUUCGGAUAUGCUUGAAGCAGAUGCAGGUUUUCUUGUGCGGGACACGGUUGUCUUUGUUUGUGAAAUUCUGGAUUGCUGCCCAUGGUUUGAGUUUGCGGAUCUAGAGGUUUAUGCUUCUGAGGAUGAUCAGGAUGCUCUGACAACUGAUCCUGAUGAACUUAUUGAUUCAGAGGACAGUGAAGGAAUCAGUGGAGAUGAGGAAGAUAUAUUCCGGAACCUUCUUUCUAGAGCAGGCUUUCACCUAACAUACGGGGAUAAUCCUUCCCAGCCCCAAGUCACUUUAAGAGAAAAGCUUCUCAUGGAUGCUGGUGCAAUAGCUGGAUUUUUGACUGGACUUCGAGUUUAUCUUGAUGACCCUGCCAAGGUAAAGCGUUUGCUUCUGCCAACAAAGCUCUCUGGUACCAAUGAUGGGAAGAAAAUUGCUAAAACUGACGAGUCUUCCCCCAGUCUGAUGAACCUGCUUAUGGGAGUCAAAGUUCUGCAGCAGGCAAUAAUUGAUUUGCUUCUGGAUAUUAUGGUUGAGUGUUGCCAACCAUCUGAAGGAAGCUCAAACGAUGAUUGCUCAGAUGGGAGCUCUAGACCUUCUGCAGAUGGUAGUGGAGCUAGUAGCCCCCCAGAACCUGAUAGGCGAAGUGGGGUUAUGGAAUCAUCUUCACAGCUUUAUGUACAUGGGAGACUGGAUUCUGGAACAGAUGAGAUCUCGACUGCUUCUGCUGUACAAAGCUCUGAUAUGAACGGGAAUGACACAUCCGAAAAAACCUACACUGGACAGCCUUUCUGUCCACCCGAAACCUGUGCUGCUAGUUCAUCAGAGAGUUCAUCCCUUCGGUCUAAGACUAAAUGGCCGGAGCAGUCUGAGGAACUUUUAGGAUUGAUUGUGAACUCAUUAAGAGCGCUAGAUGGAGCUGUUCCACAAGGUUGUCCUGAGCCAAGACGAAGACCACAGUCUGCACAGAAGAUUGCUCUUGUAUUGGACAAGGCUCCUAAACAUCUGCAACCUGACCUAGUUGCUCUUGUACCUAAAUUGGUCGAGCAUUCAGAACAUCCACUUGCUGCUUGUGCACUCUUGGACAGACUUAAAAAGUCAGAAGGAGAACCUGAUUUACUGCUACCGGCUCUUGGCGCCCUUAGCCAAUUGAAAUGUAACAGUGAAGUGUGGGAGCGUGUUCUAUUUCAAUCUUUCGAACUCUUGGAAGACUCAAACGAUGCACCUCUUGCAGCAACUAUUGACUUCAUCUUCAAAGCUGCACUGCACUGCCAGCAUCUUCCAGAAGCAGUCAGAUGUGUCCGUGCAAGGCUAAAAAGCUUGGGUGGUGAAGUCUCUGCCUGUGCCCUUGAUUAUUUGAGUCGAACAGUAGCAAGUUGUACUGAUGUUGCUGAGGCUAUAUUAAAAGACAUUGAUGGUGAUGAUGAUUAUCGCGAUACUUGCUCGUCAGUGCCUUGUGGAAUUUUCUUAUUUGGUGAAAAUGGGGCGUCUGAUAGAUUGCACACAGAUCAACAAACUUUCUGUGCUCCAACAUCUCAUUUUUCUGAUAUAUAUAUCUUAUUAGAAAUGUUGUCCAUCCCUUGCCUUGCUGUUGAAGCUUCUCAAACAUUUGAGAUGGCUGUGGCUCGGGGCGCAAUCAUGGCACAAUCAGUGGCAAUGGUCUUAGAAAGAAGAUUGGCUCGACGGUUAAAUCUAACUUCACAAUUUGUUGCUGAAAAUUUUCAGCAUGAGGAAGUGGUUGUGGAGGGAGAAACCAUUGAGCAACUGAGAGUCCAACGGGAUGAUUUUACUUCUGUUCUUGGUCUAGCUGAGACUUUGGGUCUUUCGAGAGAUCCUUGCGUGAGAGGAUUUGUGAAGAUGCUUUACACUAUAUUGUUUAAGUGGUAUGCUGAUGGGCCUUACAGGCUGAGGAUACUAAAGAGGCUCGUCGACCGAGCUACUAGUACUACAGAAACUAGUCGGGAAGUAGACUUAGAUUUGGAAAUUUUGGUAUUUCUUGUUUCUGAGGAGCAAGAAUUUGUUAGACCAGUUUUAAGCAUGAUGCAGGAGGUAGCUGAUCUCGCAAAUGUUGAUCGUGCUGCUCUUUGGCACCAGUUAUGUGCCAGCGAAGAUGAAAUUCUUCGCAUUCGUGAAGAAAGCAAAGCUGAAGUUUCCAAUAUGGCUAAAGAAAAGGCUGUUCUGAUGCAAAGGCUGAGCGAUGCUGAGACCACUAAUAGCCGUCUUAAGACUGAGAUGAAGGCUGAAAUGGAUCGUUUUGCUUUGGAGAGAAAGGAAAUGUCUGAACAAAUGCAAGAAAUUGAAAGUCAACUUGAAUGGCUUCGCUCAGAACGAGAUGAUGGAAUUGCUAAGCUUACUGCUGAAAAGAAAAUAUUUCAAGAGAGGCUUCAUGAUGCAGAGGCACAACUUUCUCAAUUGAAAUCCCGGAAACGUGAUGAGUUGAAGCGAAUGAAUGUGUUGCAGAGAAUAACAAAGGAGAAAAAUGCUCUUGCUGAAAGACUAAGGAAUGCUGAAGCUGCACGGAAAAGAUUUGAUGAUGAACUGAAACGUUAUGCAACAGAGAAUGUGAGCAGAGAAGAAAUCCGGCAGUCACUUGAAGAUGAAAUUCGAAGAUUGACACAAACAGUUGGACAGACCGAAGGGGAAAAACGUGAGAAGGAGGAACAGAUUGCUCGAUGUGAAGCAUAUAUUGAUGGGAUGGAAUCCAAAUUGCAGACUUGCGAGCAAUACAUCCAUAGUCUGGAGGGAUCGCUUCAAGAAGAAAUGUCAAGACAUGCACCAUUAUAUGGUGCAGGGCUGGAGGCUCUAUCAAUGAAGGAGCUGGAAACAAUCUGUCGUAUUCACGAAGAGGGUCUGAGACAAAUUCAUGCCCUCCAACAACGCAAAGGAGCAGCUGGUGCUAGUCCAGCCGCCAGUCCUCUGGUGAGUCCUCACUCAUCACUCCCACACGGUCACGGGUUGUACCCUGGUGGACCACCUCCAAUGGCGGUUGGACUCCCUCCUACCCUUGUCCCAAAUGGUAUGGGGAAUGGGCAUGUAAAUGGUGCAAUUGGACCUUGGUUCAACCAUUCUUGAAUAUAUCCAUAGGGAGGGAGGGAGGGAAGAACACUUCACACUUAUUGAAGUUUUUGAGUCUAUGUUGGUUUUGGCAUUUUGGCUGGUAGAACUGUUGGAAAUCAUAUAGAUCUGAUCUCUGUAUGAUGUUUGGUAAUUGGAGGUGCUAAAAAAAUGUGUCCAAUAGAACUGACAGUUGAAAAUGUCACACAUUUCUUUGAGUUUUCCAUUUUAUAUUAAUUAAAGGCCAUUUAGAGAA